CUCGCCGGCUCACCUCAGACCCGGGAAGCCGGUUUCUGCUCGGUGUCUCUUCUUCAGCCACUUCCGGGUCUUCCGUCGUUCCGGAAGCCCGCGAAUCCCGGAAGCGGGGCUGCUGCAGCUUCGGCUGGGCAAAGCUCAGCUAGCCCGAGAAUGUUUGAGGAAAGGUUCCGCAGACCCCGCAGCUCCCGGCAAGUAUGAGGCGAGGAUCUCUUGAAGUAAACGUGCAGGAGAGCUCUCUACCGCCUUGUGGGUAGGCUGCUGAGUCCAGAAGGAACCACAGGAACAGGUGGAAAGACAGUUCCAGAGAAGACAUGGCUGCCAGAGAGGAGAAGACGAAGAGUGCCAACAGAGUGCUGAGGAUCAGUCAGCUGGAUGCCCUUGAACUGAACAAGGCUCUGGAGCAGCUCGUGUGGUCCCAGUUUACUCAGUGCUUUCAUGGAUUUAAGCCAGGGCUCUUAGCUCGCUUUGAACCAGAAGUGAAAGCAUGUCUGUGGCUUUUCCUAUGGAGGUUCACCGUCUACUCCAGAAAUGCCACUGUGGGGCAGUCAGUUCUGAAUAUUCAGUACAAAAAUGAUUUAUCUUCCAACCCAAGAUACCAACCACUAAGUAAAAAUCAGAAACUGUGGUACGCUGUGUGCACCAUUGGGGGUAAAUGGUUAGAAGAACGAUGUUAUGAUUUGUUUCGAAACCGUCAUUUAGCAUCUUUCGGGAAAGUCAAACAGUGCAUGAAUUUUGUGGUUGGACUCAUAAAAUUAGGUGAGUUGAUAAACUUCUUGAUUUUCCUGCAGAAGGGAAAGUUUGCAACUUUGACAGAACGCCUCCUUGGCAUUCAUUCUGUAUUUUGUAAGCCCCAGAACAUGCGCGAAGUUGGCUUUGAGUACAUGAAUAGGGAACUUCUCUGGCAUGGUUUUGCUGAGUUUCUGAUUUUCCUGUUACCACUCAUCAAUAUCCAGAAGUUGAAAGCCAAAUUGUCUUCCUGGUGCAUACCCCUUACUGGCACUGUUAGUGACAGUGCGCUUGCCAGCAGUGGCAAAGAAUGUGCUCUAUGUGGAGAGUGGCCCACAAUGCCUCACACCAUUGGAUGUGAACACGUGUUCUGUUAUUACUGUGUUAAAAGUAGCUUCCUAUUUGACAUGUACUUUACCUGUCCUAAGUGUGGCAUAGAAGUGCACAGUGUGCAGCCACUGAAGUCAGGAAUUGAAAUGUCAGAAGUAAAUGCUCUUUAGAAACCAAAUUGUUUCCUCUGAGGGAAAAUGUAUUGUGUGUCCUUGGUAUUAGUCAUCAUCAUUGUCGUAUGUAGGUGUCUUUGAAAAGGCAUGUGCUGCUCAGCCACUGUCCUCUUCUUUUCUAAGAGCCACUAAAUUCUAAUCACUGGAAACUAAAUGAUAUGAGAGAAUCUUAUAAAUCUUCAGGUUAUUUUUUUAAAAUCAUCUAUUAAAUUUUUUAAUGUCAAGAAUAAUGGGAAAUUUUUGUCAGAUGAAUACUGAGAAUGACUAAGAAUGCUUCUUCAUAGAAAAGGUCGAACUCUAAAUAUAAAAGAUUUUUGAGACUCUGAGAUGAGUAUGCAUUUAUUUUCAGAAAUGACAGAACGUCAUAAGCCAACAUCAUAAGACCCUGUUAUGUUAAAACUUCAGGUUCUAGAGUCUUGCUCCUACCUGAACUUUUUCCCUGAAGUCAGUUUUCAAGAGGUUCAGCCCCUAGCUGCAGACCCCUUCAGAGUUGAAUUCUUAUAUUCAGAAGGUAAAAACGUGCUUAAGGCAGCAUAGAAGCGAGGUUUGGGGACUAUGGGACAGCUAGUCUGAAGAACACUAUUUCCUAAGUCUAUAUCUUUGGUCUCACCAAGUGUAUUGGUAAUUUUGUGAAAUACUGGAGGUCUUGUGGGUACUAGGGUAAAGUAGCAAUGCAUGUCAAGUAACUUCUUCUCUCUGAAGAAUCACUAAAUGAACCCUUUGUUAAAUAAUAUGAAAAUAUUGUUGCUGUUUUUAAUAACUUUGCCAAAAUAAUAGUACUUAUAUCAAUUUUGUGUCUUUACAAUAUGCUAGAAUCUAAUUAGUUCACAUGUUAAAUAGUAUCAGUGUACUUUAUAUAUUAUAAUAUAUAUAUUAUAUAUGGAAAUUAACAAAUUGGCUUGUGUUGAUCGGUCUCAAGUCUUAAUUAGAAUAUAUUAAAAGAUGGUUUUUAAGGAACAAACCUAGAAACAUGACUUUAUGACGUGGUGGACUGGUGGCCAUCUGUGUUCAUACUUCACUCAACACUUAAGAUGCUGAUGCAGCUGGAGAUACAGCAAUGAACAGGAAAAGUAGCUUACUCAGGAUGUCCAUCCACCUAAUGCUGAGUCAGUGCAGCAUCAGUUUAGUGUAGGCUAGGCGAGGUGCUUCACAGUUUGAGAAGAAUGUAUCUAAAAUUUAUCUUUUUUCUCUUAUAAAACUUUGUUGUGAAAAACUGAAAAUUCAGGAUAAUAUACAAUUUUCAGAUAUAAAUAA